CCAGGUGAAGCGAGCCGGCGAGACCACGUGGCGGUGGUUUGCCAAGGACGCUGCGAUCGACGUUUACGAGGGCGACUGUUUCGCGGUGUGCUUGGAGCUCAAGCAGGCUCCGAGGAGGGCAGCGCGGGAGCGCUCCAAUUGGGGGCCGCCGGGAGGCACGCGCCGGGCCCCGAGGGACUCGUGCGUGUGGGGUCCGGGCCCCCGCCAGGAAUCCUCGGGACUGAGGACUGAGGCCUCAGCUGCCUCGAUGCGCCCGUUCUUCAGGGGGGACAAAACACACAGACACAAUGAAUCGUCGAUUCCCCCACAAAAGAUGGGAAAAAAUGUGGGCAGUGGGGGGGGAGACGAGAAAACCCAGAAGAUAUAGGAAAGUAUGGGGAAUCCUGUUAUUUCUGUGUAUUUAUUUGUGUGUCCCAGGGCCCCUUCUGUUUUGAAACGCAACACGGCCCGUGUUCAAGACGUCCGUGUCAAUACGCUGCGUGUUGUCUCCGCGUAUUGGACUACGCUUUGGCGAAUUCUAUCGCGUCGGACCUACGUUUUCAACCUACGUGUUGAGCUUCGCAUCGAUACGAUACGUGUUGC